CCUUUUCUCCUUGGCGCGCCUUCGCCUCAAAACCGUCUCCGUCGCUUCUUCCCUCCUCUUCUCCGUCGUGUCGAGCGUCGAAGCUGUAAGUUUCGCGGGUGAGCGUCUUCCACAAAAAGCCGAUCUCCCGUGUUAGGUUUUACGCUCGUACCCUUUCCGCCCUUUCUCCUCUGUCAGCACACACAGUCUCGCUCUCCUGCGUCUCGUUCUCACUUUUUUUAUGGUGUAAUCUCUUGUUGGGAUGCGUGCGUCUUCCGCAGAAGAGUCUUUUCGUUGAUCCCGAUAGCCUCCCACGUCCCUCUCUCUUCUUGUUCCAGGGAUUUCGAUCCGUCUUCAAUAUCUCAGGCCAGGGUAAUUGAAGGUUUUAGUAUCGGUAGGAAGAGAUUACUUGAUUUCUUCAUGCGUUUCUGUCGGCUUGUUCUUACUGGAAGAAGGCAUGGCUAGCAAGAGAAUUCAGAAGGAACUUCAGGAUCUGCAGAGAGACCCACCCGUGUCUUGUAGUGCUGGGCCUGUUGGAGAGGACCUCUUCCAUUGGCAGGCGACUAUUAUGGGUCCCUCAGACAGCCCAUAUGCCGGUGGAGUAUUCUUUGUGAUUAUCCGUUUCCCUCCAGAUUAUCCUUUUAAGCCGCCCAAGGUCAAUUUCCAGACCAAGGUUUACCACCCAAACAUCAACUCGAAUGGCAGCAUCUGCCUGGACAUUCUCAAGGAGCAGUGGAGCCCUGCUCUCACCGUUUCAAAGGUCCUCCUCUCCAUUUGCUCUCUCCUAACGGAUCCCAACCCUGAUGAUCCUCUCGUCCCCGAGAUCGCUUACAUGUACAAGAACCAGAGAUCACGCUAUGAGGAAACUGCGAGGGCCUGGACUCAGAAGUACGCCAUGAACUGAGCAGAAGCUGAAGGCCUGUUUCGACGUCUCUCCUGAUUCCAAAGUUAGAAGGAGACGAGCGGGGGCCAAAGACAUGUCCCGAACUCCUGCCCGUCUCAAGGUUUAUGUUGUUCACUGCAUGUGACAUACUGUAAAAUAUCUUGAAAAUCUUGGGGGUCUAUUCAAGCUCUUCUUCAUAGACAAAGAGGUAAUCUGUAGCCUGUAAAUUAGUCUAUUCUCUGAAUGCUUUUGUCUUCUAGGGAUCUGAAAUUUUUAUAACGCAAUAGAACCAGUCUUCCAGGGCUUUGUUCUCGGAUCAGCGACUUGGGUCUUUAGGCCGAUCCUUCCAGACUAUGUUAUUUGCUAAGUUAAUGGAGACUGACCUAUUCAAAGGCCUUAAGCCAAACUUCUUAGCUAGGUGAAAG